ACAAACUAGUUAAGUUCUGAGAGACCAGAGCAAGUUAGCGCGCCAAAAUGCUGCUUUGGCGAAGCAGAGUAUCAACCGUUAAGUCUCCUUUUUCUCUGGGGACUUUCGUCAAACACCUUCCAGCUUCAAAUCCAAGUCCAAACCCAAGUCCCUCCACAUUCAAAUUCAGCCCCAGUGGAAAACCGCAGUCCAUAUUCACCACUCCAGCCCUGCCCAAAUCCCAUUUCCAGGCCUUAACUCAGAAGCAACAACAACAAGUCCAUCUCUACAUUCACUCCCUCCUCGAAUGGAACCAGAAGAUGAACCUCACUGCUGUUAGAGGGCAAAAUGAGGUAAUGGAAAGGCAUGUGGAGGAUUCACUGGCCAUUUUAGAGCCUAUAAAGACCUCUUAUCUCUCCCGUUGUGGGACUUCUUGCGAAAACCUGAAUCUUAUUGAUGUCGGUAGCGGGGCGGGCCUUCCAGGAAUAAUUCUUGCUAUUGCUUGCCCUGGCUGGAAAGUUGCCCUUUUGGAGUCUAUGAAUAAGCGUUGUGUUUUCUUGGAGCAUGCGGUUGGCGUCACCGGUCUGUCAAAUGUGCAAGUUAUAAGAGAAAGAGCUGAGAACCUGGGACACAAUCCUGGGUUCAGAGAGGCGUUUGACGUUGCUGUAGCCAGAGCAGUUGCAGAAAUGAGAGUUUUAGCUGAGUAUUGUCUUCCUCUAGUACGUGUGGGUGGAUUGUUUGUAGCAGCAAAGGGCCAUAAUCCUCAGGAGGAAGUCAAAAGUGCAAAGAGAGCUGUUAAUUUGCUGGGUGCUUCAGUAUUGCAAACAUGCAAUGUGGAAUCGAAAAGCAAGUAUGGACCCAGAACUGCAAUCAUUUGUCUAAAAGAUGGCACCACACCCAAAAAAUACCCACGUGAUCCAGGCUGAGCAGAAGAUAUUCCUUUGUAAAAGGCGAAAGAAAAAAGUUCUGUAGACAACAUAUCAUCAUUUGUUUAUUAUGCCAAAAGGAAUGGGAGGAAGGACUGACAAAAGAAAUAAUAUGCCCUAGAACUUUUCAUUAGCAUAAGAAAACUUCAGUUUUUUCCUUUCAGUUUUCGUCCAACGGGUUUACGAGUUUCUAGUAUGUAGCACACUAGACACUAUCAGAGUAUCAGGAGGUUUUCAAUGUAGACAUAUAUAUCUAUUUAAUGUAGAAGUGCUAACAGGAAAAUAUCCUUUAUGGCCUAUGUAAAGCUUCAGAGAACUCUGUAAUUGAUAUAUCUGCUGACGCUAAUGUUCCUUAUUUGCUGUGGCAGUGCAUGAUGCAAUCUUAGGUUAGGGUAGAAGUUUCUCUAGGGUGGGGUAGUCAUAUAAACCUCAUUUUUUGGUUAUAUUCAACAAUAUCUUGAUCUAUCCUGUAGACUUUUUGGCCACCAGACCUCAUUUCAACUCUUUAAUAUGAGGUGACGCCUUGAAAACAAAGUUAUCUCUUGAUGGAGAAAACUAUCAUUUGCCUAACACGUUUCCCA